AUGGUGACGAACCAGGAGGCGGAGGCGGCAUCGGCGGCAGCGCCGGGGGCAGGGGCGACGGUGGACCCGAUGCGGCUGGCGUCGCGGUGGCGAUCCCAGGCGGAGUGGGCCUGCGCGGCGGCGGAGCUGGAGGCUGAGCCGGCGCCGUCCGAGCUCAACACCCUCAACAGCUCGGGACUCUUCUCCGUCGUCUCUACCGACAAGUUGUCCGUGAAAUACCUCGGCAGCCAUCACCACGGCCACGACGUCGGUGUCGUGCAGGCCGACCGCCCCGCGCCCACGCGCCGGGCCGUGUACUACUUCGAGAUGAGCGUCAGGAACGCGGGACACAAGGGGCAGUCAUCCAUCGGGUUCACGAACGAGAGCUUCAAGAUGAGGCGACAACCGGGUUGGGAGUCAAACAGUUGUGGAUACCAUGGUGACGAUGGCCACCUUUACGUGGGUCAAGGGAAAGGUCAAGCAUUUGGGCCAAAAUUCACAUCUGGUGACAUAAUUGGCGCUGGCAUCAACUACUUGUCACAAGAACUUUUCUUCACGAAAAAUGGAGCUCAGGUUGGAUCCGUUCCAAAAGAAAUUAAAGGCCCACUAUAUCCUACCAUUGCAGUUCAUAGUCAGGGUGAAGAGUUGACUGUUAACUUUGGAAAAGAACCAUUCUGUUUUGACAUUGAGGGUUAUAUUUUUGAAGAGAAAAUGAGGCAGCAAUCGGUGUCUGAUAAAUUGAACUUGGAGCCAGACAUCAGUCAUUGGAUUGUCCGUUCAUAUCUCCUACAUUAUGGAUACCAAGAUACAUUAAAUGCUUUUGAUAUGGCAAAUGCAACUGAUCCCCCCACCAAUCGCCAAAAUGGUCAUGCAGAACCUCCCGAAAUGUAUGGUCUUAGCCACAGAAAAAUUUUGCGUCAGCUUAUCAUGAGUGGAGAUAUCGACUCUACAUUCAAAAGACUUGGGGAGUGGUAUCCACAAGUGAUAAAGGAUGAGAAAUCGGUUAUUUGCUUCCUACUCCAUUCUCAAAGAUUCAUAGAAUAUAUCAGGGCUGAACAACUGGAGGAUGCUGUGAAAUAUGGUCGUGCUAACCUGGCAAGCUUCUUGACACACAAAGCUUUUGAGGGACUGCUGAAGGAUAGUGUGGCCCUACUUGCGUAUGAGAAGCCUGCAGAAUCAUGCAUUGGAUACCUGAUGGACUCUCCCCAGUGUGAAUUUGUGGCGGACGCAGUGAACGCAGCUGUCCUGUCGACGAACCCCACCAUGAAGGACCCUGAGAGCUGCCUUUACUCGUGUCUCGAGAGGUUACUAAGGCAGCUCACACUUUGUAGCUUUGAGCGGCGUGCAUUCAACAACGACCAAGGAGAUGCAUUCUUACUCCACAAAGAAGUGCAGAAUUAUGAAAGGUCCAGGCGCUCAUAG